AUGUCUACUAAACCACUAGUUUCCAUCCUCCUCCUUUCCCUCUUCCUCUUCGCCGUUGCUGCCUCCGACCACCAGUUCGACGAUGACAACCAAAGCCAACGCCCUUGGUUGCAAAGGUGCCGUCAGCAGAUUCGAAGCGGCGAACGGCUGCGCCACUGUGAGAGGUUACUGACACAGCCCCGCCGCUUCCGGCUGCUGUUAGCAGCGGAGGAAGAGGAAGACGCAGUGGAACAUCUGGAGGAAUGCUGCCAGCAGCUGAAAGGGAUGGACGAUGCAUGCCGGUGCGAGGGGCUUCGUCAGAUCGUGCAGCGCCGUAGGCAGCAAGGCCAGCUGCAGGGGGUCGAUGUUGGACAAAUGCUGGAAAGAGCUACAAACUUACCGUCGGUCUGCCGUCUCAGCCGACGCCGGUGUGACCUCCGAUCAACCACUCCAUUGUAG